AGACAUACAAAAAAAACGAUAUAGUUUUUCAACAGUAGAGGACGAUUUCAACUUUCAACGAGGUACCAUAAAACAUGGACAAUAAACAACGGAUAGUGGCCGCUUGUUUCAAAAGAACAAAAACGAAAAAUAUCCGAUCCGGUGCGUCAUCGGCGUAUGUUAAGCGACUAAAGGCUGCUCUAGUUAAGAAGGAAAUCCAUUCUAAUACCAUACAGCAGAAAACUCACAUUGAGACAUCGAAGGCUAAACCAAAACAAAAAGAUCUUGCAGGUGAUGCUAGAAAAAGGCUGGAAUCUGCACGUUUCAGAUAUCUCAAUGAAAAGCUUUAUACUACAAGCAGUAGUGAGGCAUGGGAACUUUUCCAAGAGGAUCCAGAAUCAUUUGAUGUCUAUCACAAGGGGUUUAAGAACCAGGUUUUAAAGUGGCCAGUAAACCCAUUAGAUAUAAUCAUCUCUGAUAUUUUAAAAGGGCCGAGGCACUGGGUAGUAGCUGAUUUUGGUUGUGGUGAGGCUCAGAUGGCACACACAAUACCAAAUCAAGUUUAUUCUUUUGACCUUGUUGCAGCUAAUGACAAAGUUACUGCAUGUGAUAUGGCUUCAGUUCCAUUAGCAAUGAAAGUUGUUGAUGUGGCUGUUUUCUGCUUAUCUCUCAUGGGUUCCAACAUCCAUGACUUUUUAAAAGAAGCCAAUAGAGUUCUCAGGAUUGGCGGUACGCUGUAUGUGGCAGAAGUUGAAAGCAGAUGCCAAAAUAUUCAAGAAUUUUUAAAAAACGUAGAAAGAUUUGGAUUUCAGCUGAAAGAAAAUAGUUUGCAGAAGUAUUUUUUCUUAGCAAAGUUUAACAAGAUCCAGAAUCUGAAUCCUAAAGCAACUAUGCCAAGAUUGUAUUUGAAACCUUGUCUUUACAAAAAAAGAUGAAUAGGAAAAUACACAGUCGUUCGUA